AUGGCCCCCGCAUCCAUUUGUAAAUUUUACCAAAAAGGAACGUGUACUAAGGGAGCGAGUUGUCACUUCCUUCAUCUCGACCCAGACCAGGCAGACUUCAUAAAGGACUCGAGGCUUCAGGAGAAAGCCGAUGAAAUUAGGGCUGACGUCAAAGAGGCAAAGGAUUAUCUUCCUUUUCCCCAGGACCUCACAUCUUACAGUCUAAAAUCCGCCAAUCAGAAUCUCAUAAGCGGUAGAGACUAUUCAUUCGAGGAGCAACGGCUGCAAUAUUUGGAAGCGGUCCAAACCAACACAGUACCUCAAUAUACACAGGAGAUCUCUGCCAGGCGAAACGAUUUUGUGAAGUGUCUGAAUUAUCUCGAUAAAAACUCUGAGAAAGCCGCUAGAUAUCUGCAACUCUGCCUGACAAUGCAAAACAAGACACCCAAUCCUUUCAUACCGUUUGGAGUGGAUUUGAAAGCCUCUUCGCCAUCAUCUGGAUCGAAUGCUUUCGGAUCUAAUAAUGCAUUCUCGAACAGCACACAGCCGCGGGCCAAUCCAUUUGGAAAUUCCGCUGCCCCUGCCUUUGGAUCCAGCGGGUUUGGUUCCAGUGCAUCAGGGCCCCAGAACCAGAUCACGUCUUCCCAGACUGGAAAUGCGUUCGGCUCGUUUUCUGCCACAACACCCUUUGGAACAGCUUCUUCUAAUUCAGGUUCGCCUUUUGGGAAAGCUUCGUCGGGGUUUGGGGGGUAUGGAUCAGCAAAUUCCACUACUACCCCUGCGUUUGGUCAAUCUGCGUUUGGCCAGGCUGCGCCCACCACAUCUCCGUUUGCAAAAGCUGCUAGCACCCAGUCGCCUUUUGGAGCCACUGCAUCAACAAGCUCACCGUUUGGUCAGUCUUCUGCACCUUCAACUAAUUCACCCUUUGGUCAGACUACUACGGCUGGACCCUCAGCUAGUUCGCCCUUUGGCAAAACGACUGCUCCAACUGGUUCACCUUUUGGUCAAAGCAGUGCUUCAACCAGUUCACCCUUUGGACAGACGGCUACAUCAAAUGCCCCGUUCGGUCAGACCGCUGCGCCUGCGUUUGGAAAGCCAGCCUUUGGUCAGCAGCCCUCUCAAACCUCACCAUUUGGACAAUCAUCCACAACAUCCGCCAGUUCUCCAUUCGGAAACGCUUUUGGAGCCUCAGCAUCUCCGUUUGGAAACACAGCAACUGGAUCAGCCCCUCCUUCUGGAAGCUCGGCCUCUGGCUUCGGAUCCGCUUCUAGCGGCGCAGCGCCUGCUUUUGGAAGCUCUGGGUUUGGACAAAGUCAGUCUUCAGCUCCUGCUUUUGGAAAUGCUUUUGCGAAUUCUGCCACCACCAACUCCCCUUUUGGACAGGCGGCUUCCACUUCACAGCCCACCAAUAUUGUUUCUCCUUUCGGCAGUGCUGCGUCUCAGACAAACAAUACCCCAUUCGCUUCCUCCGGUUUCGGCCAACCCCAAAAGUUCGUCCAAGCUGAUAUUCCUGAAGAAGAGACCAAGCUGGAGGACAUGCCCGAAAAUAUCUUGAAUGCAUUCAACGCUGAUCGUUUCUGGCUCGGGGAAGUGCCCGUUAUUCCUCCUCCCUUUGAGAUAUGUUAA